UCAACACUGGAGGCCCCACCCUUUGUGUUUCCUAUCGCCCGUCAAUCAAAAUAGAAAAAAAUCUUGACAGUUAUCACCUAUUGCUGCGCGCACACAAUCAGUAUAAUUUGCUGAUCAUGUCUGGUGGUGUGUGACUAUCCAGAUUCUCCGAUUUACAACGAGUCACACAAUGACUGCCCCAGAACAGCCAGUGAAGCCAGAGGAAAUGGCUGCCUUGGACGUGGACAGCAGUCAAGGCGACUUUCUGCAGCAGGACAGUGAGAGAGGAGAUCAGGACACUCAGCCGUCACCGCUUGACCUGCUAGCGACUACCUGCAGUAAGGUCGGGUCACCAUCGUCAGAGUUGGAUAGAGGUGCUACCGCUGAUGUGACGACAGACCCUACAUCUAUACAGCUGACUGGGACUGAUAAAUGGGAGGUGUUAACUCCCACAACAGCAGCGAAGGAUGAUUCUGGAAUGAUACAGAUCCCGAGUCAAGGGAUAUUAACGUCAAAUGGACAGUAUGUUGUUCCUCUCCAGAACCUUCCAAGUCAACCAAUCUUUGUGACGUCGGGAACGGAUGCCUCGUCCGCCAAUUCAGUGCCUAACAUUCAGUACCAAGUGAUUCCUCAGAUUCAGACAGCUGAUGGACAGUUGAGCUUCUCCACAUCUGCUGUGGAAGGAGCUACUCUGAGUCAGGAUGCCAGGGGGCAGAUUCAGAUCCUGCCUGAUGGCAGCCAGAGUCUAAGUGUGACAUCAGCUGCAGACAUCCUUAAUAACAACCAGAACCUCAUAUCACAGACUGGUCAUGUCCAGCAGAUCCAGGGAGUUUCUAUUGGCAGCUCCACCUUCAACAACCAGGGUCAGGUUGUCACUAAUGUGCCUGUGGGUUUGCCCGGGAACAUUACGUUUGUUCCUAUUAACAGUGUGGACUUGGACUCCCUGGGUCUCUCUGGUGCUCAGACUAUAGCAACAGGGGUCACUGCUGAUGGCCAACUAAUUAUGGCUAGUCAGCCUGUUGAUGGCUCAGAGAGCCUGGAGAAGACUGGUGAUCCCCUCUCACAGACAUUAUCAAUAAAUGAGUCAAAUGCAAAUCCGGAGAUAUAUGUGCCAACGUCUUCCUCUCAGCUGCCCGAAACAGCAAGUGAAUCAGGGCUGCUGACACAAGACACUUCAUUGUCAUCAAUGACCACAGAGCAAAGUGACACAAGUUCUGCUCUCCCGGAAGGCUUCAUCCAUCAGAACCAGGUGCAGGACAUCCAGGCGUCCUCGGCUCAGUCCAUCAUCCAGCUGCAGCAGGUGCCCGUCCAGACCAGCAAUGGUCAGGUCGUGCAGUCGGUGGCAGCAGGGGGGCAGAGCUUACAGAAUGUGCAGCUGAUCAACCCAGGGACCUUCAUUAUCCAAGCCCAGACAGUCACUCUGUCAGGCCAGAUCCAGUGGCAGACCUUCCAGGUGCAGGGUGUGCAGAACCUGCAGAAUCUCCAGCUGCCCACCACGCCACCCCAACAGAUAACCCUGGCUCCGGUCCAGACCCUGUCCCUGGAUUCCAGUCCGGUCAGUAUCGGCACAGGGCAGAUCCCUAACCUGCAGACGGUGACCGUCAACUCAGUGGCCCAGCAGGAGGGCGACAUGGACAGCCCUGGAGAUAUCCAUAUAAAGGAAGAGCCAGACUCUGAGGACUGGCAGCUCAGCACUGACUCCACGCUCAACACAAGUGAUCUGUCCCACUUGCGUGUGAGGCUGGUGGACGAGGAGGAUCAGCUCGGCCAGGAGGGCAAGAGACUGCGCAGGGUAGCGUGUACUUGCCCCAACUGUAAAGAGUCUGGUGGGAGAGGAUCCAGCAUGGGGAAGAAGAAGCAGCACAUCUGCCACAUCGCAGGCUGUGGGAAAGUGUACGGAAAGACAUCCCACCUGCGAGCACACCUGCGCUGGCAUUCAGGGGAGCGGCCCUUCGUUUGCAGCUGGAUGUUCUGUGGGAAAAGGUUCACACGCAGUGAUGAGCUGCAGAGACACAGGAGGACACACACAGGAGAGAAGAAGUUUGUCUGCCCUGAAUGUUCCAAGCGCUUCAUGCGGAGCGACCACCUGGCGAAGCACAUUAAAACUCAUCAGAACAAAAAAGGCGUGAACUCUGGUAGCGCUGUGGUGGCCUCGAUGGAAUCGGCGGGGUCCUCAGACAGUAUCAUCACCACGGCAGGCGGGACCACCCUCAUCCUCACCAACAUCCAGCAGGGCUCCAGCAACGCCCAGGACAUCCUGGCCAACGCAGAGAUCCCUCUCCAGCUCGUCACCACCGUAGCAGCCAGCGAAGUCAUGGAGUGAUUUACACCCAGCUUAUGAACUUCUACAACCUCUCUCAUAUACUCCCACCUGCAUUUUUAUUCAAGUUUGGAAGAAAAAAAACAGUAUAUAUACAUAUAUAUAUUUUAACACGAAAAUAGUCAAUCCAUGUGCAUAGGCAGUCUUUUUAAUGAGGAAUUGUGAGGGGCAAAAAGAGGAUAAAGGUGGAAAAAGAUGUGGUUGCAGUACACACACAAGGAAAUGCCUUAUUUUGUACAAUAUUGUGUAGUUGGAAUUGUAGGAUGCUGUUUCAUUUUGAGGCUACUUAUUUGUUAAUGAUGUGUUUUUAAUGGGGGGAAAAAGGAAAAAAAAGAAUGGUAAUUUGAGCAAUUUGCUCCUGCAGGUGUAAUGCCUUUGUUGAUAGUAUAUUCUGAUGAUGUCCUUGGUUGGCAAGGUCUGCUCCAUAUUCCUUUGAGCAAAGCAAAAUUUCACAACAGAGCUAAUUUUAUUCAACUGAAGUAAUGUUAUUGCUUACGUCCAGAUGUGUCUUCAUGCAAAUUUAUUUGUUAUUAAUUUUUUAUAUUAUGUAGUUAUGAUUCGUUUUCAGUGUCCUCCCCUUGUUGUAGUCUUUGCGCUUGUCUAUCAAAUUGGCAAGCCCUCCUUCCCCUAUUUUAUUUACUCACACCUACCAUAAUUUUGCAGGUGAAAAGAAAAACAAUCAUGUAAGUAAAAUGUUUUGUAUAAUAAUUCCUCUUGAACAUAUACAGCUGAUAUGAUGUGCAUUGUUUGCAUAUCAGAUAUUUUGACUGAACAGCUAUUUAUAGUAGGCUUUGCAUAGAAUCUGUGAUAUUAAAGUCCAAAAUUCUUUAAGAUGGCUUUUUCAUCAUAGGCAGUUCAUGUGUUUUUGUAAAAACUUUUUUUUUCACUCUUUUGUUUUUCUUUUUGAGUAAUUCAAAACAAAAAGUUGCAUUGUAAUAUGAAGAAAAAAAAGCCAUUUUUGGGAGGUAAUUGCCAAAUUUGACUACAAACUCAGGGUGACUUGGUCAUGCAGUACUGUGUCAUAGUGCAUACUAGAGUAAAUCUCCCCUGUAGCUCCUGAGGCCAUUUCGGGGUGUUGUGUUAAGAGAUAUUAUUUGAUGGACCAAAAGCUGAGGUGAAUUAAGCUGUCACCAUGUUAACUAUGCUUGUUGAAUUUGACCAUGUUUUCUUUCCUCUUCUUUUGUUUAAAUUAGAUCAAUCCCCAUCAACCAUAAUCAAGUAGCGUCAUCAAAUUCUUCAUCAGUGUCUCACUCAAUCAGCCCCGUCAGGCAGUGGAAAUGGUUUCAGUGUACUGCUGGAAGCGGUACUCUUUUUAACAACAGCACUGUUCUCAUCACGUUCAUUUUGUCGUUAAUCUUUUUUGUAUGAAAUAUUUUGUAUACUUCCAAGAAACUGUUCACACUCAUUGUUAGUAAAAACAGUGUCUAUGUCUUUGUGGUGUUUCUUUUUGAUUGGAAUCUGUUGGGUUUCCCUGUUCCAUAUUGUUUGUUCUUGAUUUUUAUUUUAUUUUAUUUUUAUUAUUUAAUCCCUCUCCCCCAUGUUAAAUUGAAAAAUUCUGAAAGUAUACUCUUAGCAGUGACUUUACUGUUGGAAUGUUGUGACAUUUAACGAGCACUAAGUUUGUGGGGGGGUGUUUUUUUUUCAAAUGGUAUCAUAUUAUUGACACGAGGUCAUCUGCAGGAGAUUAAACGAUACCCCAAGUAGUAGAUGGUGAGACGCUGUUGACAUGCUCUUUAGAGUUUAUUUCAUAGUGUCACCAUAUGUAGUAAGCACUGUAGGUUUUAUUCACUUUCAAAAAAUCAGUUGAUCUAGCUUCUGCAUAAAUGUAUGUCAAUAUAACGUCAAUAUAAACCUUUCUGUAACACUUGAAUUUCCUUUUUUUUUUUUUUUUUUUUUUUUUUUUUUUUUUUUUUUUUUUGCUUUAUUUAAAAUUCAUUUUUAAUUUGUAUCAUGGUUGUACAAUGUCCACUUUUGAGGGCAGCUUGAUAUUUCAUACUAAAAUGACUAAACAUGGACAAUUACCAAGUUAUCCUGUUUUGCUCUUAAGUUUUGGAACCUUUAAUUGUUUUUGUCUCUUCUGAAAGACUUUUCCUGCCUGUCAGGUGGUUCAUUUGUUCCCCAGCGGCACAGACUCUGAGUUAGUAGUCCAGUAGAUGUCACUGCAGCCAAGGGAGCAGCAUGAGAGGUAUGUUUGACCCCUUGACCAUCCCCUGUGGCGCAGCUAAGUUGAGGACAAGUCAUAGAGGCCAACAGGAGGUGUGGACCCUAAUUUAACCAGAAGUUAAUGUCACACAGAAAUGUCAUGACCAUAUUCUGCAGCUGGAGCACAAAGUAUUGUCUCAUCGUGACUUUGAACAUGAUAUACAGCACUGUCUGAGACACAGGCUGUUGGUUUUUAUGACCUGGAGUCAUUUAUUGACAAGUAAAUAUCAAGGAAGCCUUAUUAUUAAUCUGCAUUCCCUUGCUUUUCUCUUCAGCUCUGGUAAAAGUGUCCACAGAGUGCCUAAAAUUUUUUUUUUCUUUUUUUUUUUUUCUUUUUUUUGUUGGUCAUAAUGCUUUACAAAGAAAUAAAUAGGUAAUUGCUUGUUAUUGUGACAGUACAUAUUAAACUAAUGAAUUCCUGCUAUUGCCAACCCA